CCGCUUUGGGAAAGAGUUCAGCGCUCGAGCAGUGCCUGGAGCGGAGCUGCCGGACCGAAGGCAGUUACCGAGCUCUUUCCAGCUCGAACUACCGCGCAAGAUGAGCGUAGCAGUGGAGGAAGCUGCCUUGCCGUCCAUCUCCACCUUUGCCGGUUUGGUGCCGCUGGAAGAGAGGCGGCCCGAGAUGAGGCUGGCUCCUCCUUCCGUGGAAAUUGCCACCGCCAUCAAGAGGGAAGCCGACGAGCUAGGUAACUUCGUCGACCUGGAGUUCAUCCUGGCGCACACCACCAACGGGCAGCCCAAUGGCGGGGUGGGGCCCGCGCAUCCCGGCGGCAACCCUAACUACCCUUUGCCCGAAACCCCGGAGAGCUGCGGCACCACCUAUGAUAGCGAUAGUUCCAACUACCAGCCCCCUAACAAGUUCGCGGCGUCUUACCUGCCCAGCCCCGGGCACAGCUACGUAGCCGAGCUCUUUACUCAGGACAUGCAGCAACCCCCUCCCUCGGUGGGUCCGAGCCACUGCGAGCUCCAGCGGCGGGAAUACACCGAGCUGCGCGCCCCGGGCUUGGCCCACCCGUCCUCCGGCUUGCCCGGGGGGCUGCCCUUAGAGCACCUGCGCGUCAAGCAGGAGCCGAUGGACGGUCACUCCUGCAUGCUGAGCGGCCCGCCCGAGUGCCUGGCGACCGGAGCCCUGGACCACAAGCCCCUUCUGAUGCAGCCUCUGCUCCAACACGCGUCUUCAGGUUUCCCCGGCGAGCAGAUGGGCUCGGGGCCCCAGUGCCAGAUGGGCGGCGAUCUGGGCGCGCAGAUGGGGGCACCCCAGCAUUACCCGCGGCCUGCCCACCUCUUCCAGCCCAACUUCGCCGGGCAGAUGCAGUCCCAGUUCCACGGACACUUCAGCGUCUUUCGAGAGCCUUUGAAACCGCGCGCCCAAGGCAUGCCCGGGCUGCUCGUCACGCCGCCCAACUCGCCCGUCUUGGAUUACUACGCCCCGAUGGGUCCCCCGGAGGAAUGCAAGCCGAAAAGGGGUCGCCGGUCUUGGGCCCGCAAACGCACCGCCACCCACAAUUGUGAAUUCGCCGGCUGCGGGAAGACGUACACUAAGAGUUCGCAUCUCAAGGCGCAUAUGCGGACCCACACGGGUGAGAAGCCUUAUCACUGUACCUGGGAAGGCUGUGGCUGGAAAUUUGCACGGUCAGAUGAACUGACACGCCACUACCGCAAACAUACAGGUGUCCGGCCUUUCCAAUGCCAGCUAUGCGACCGUGCGUUCUCUCGAUCAGAUCAUCUGGCCCUGCACAUGAAGAGGCAUGUGUGAAGCAUGGCUGGCUCCUUGGGGCAGUGGGGUGGACUAUGCUGUAAAGUUUCCAGUAUGGUCAAUCUAUUCAGACCAAUAAACAACCUGUGAUGAUGUAACCCUUCUUAAAGCAAGUAACAUCCACCAAUAAGUCUCCAGCUGACAGCAGUGCGUGUUUUGGGAUUAUCCAACUGAAGAAACUAAAAUGGCCACUUCCGGAAUAGAUUGUAAAAUAAUAUAUACUCUGAACAAAGACAAGAGUUGUGUUGGUAGGUUGUGCAAGCUAUAGUGUCUAGGAACAAAUGUUUUGCAGCAAAGUUCUGUGCUCAGAAGUAAAACUACAAACCCAUACACUUCAGGUUCCCAUCUUCUUUUUCUUGCUCAGGGAUGUUGCCAAAGCAGGACCAAAAAUUGCCUUGAUUCACAAUUCUGAGAGGUGGUAAAACCACUUGGUUAUAAAUAGAGCCUUGGAAAAAAUGCCUUAUGAGAGUAAAUAGAAAUAAACUGUGCUAUUUCAGUGCUAUUAACCAAUGAAAGCCACUGUAAGUUACACGCCUAUGCAUGCUAAAUCACCACUUGGUUUGCACAUUGCAGGCCAUAACUUGGUUUGCUGAUAUUGGGUUAGCGUGUUAUAUAAAAGUAGACAUUAUUUACAACCAUGAUUUAUGGUUUAUGUUUUCAACCAGCCAAGAACAAAUACAUUUGCAAAUAAAUAUACGUAGUACUGCAAUUAUGAUUAACAAUGCAAGCCAGUUAUAUUGAAUCAAAAAUAAAUCGGUUUGUCCUGUAUCUUAUUCCCAGAUAAGCGUGCAUAGAGUUACAGCUAAAAUGUGGUUUUAUAUAUAUUAAUUAUAAUACCUCAAUGUGUUGUAUAGGAUUCAAUCAUGUAUGGAAAAAGCCAUUUGCUUUUUAACCACUGUGUAAAUUUAACUCUGUUCUAAUGCAUAUUAGUUUAGUUAAUGAAUUUUACUGGUGAUGCCACUCCAUCUCUCAGAACUGAAAGCACAUGAAUCUAUGGCAUUUUCUGAACUCUCUAUUCAUUUGCACAAACAAAGAUGCCUUUAAAGUACUACAAUAGUUUGUUCCAGAAGGCUAAUGAUUAAUAGGCCAUUGUUUUUAAACCAUCAAUAACUUUAGAUGCCAGUUGAACCAUUGAAUUACUAUUUUAUGGACCUGUUCUCUGAUGGGGGCGCUUCAUUACACCCUCUGAUUGUUAAAUGAUAAGACCCUUAAGGAUAUUUUUGUCUGUAAGUGGGGAACCCAUAUCUUGCUUCAGAACUCCUAUAGCCCAGACCAUCUAACAAGAGGGCCGAGACUGAAUUGAGACUUAUACCUUUUAAAAAAACCCUUAGGAUCUUUCUCCUGACUUUUAUCUGUGUCAUUGGUGAUACCCUCUAAAGCAUAGGUGUCAAAACUCGCCGUGUUACAUUGCUGUUUCGUGACAUUUUUCCCAGUUUGACACCCCUGUUCUAAAGGAUGAUCAUCAAGCCAGGUACUGCUGCAGCUGCAUUUUUUUUUCUAAAUGGCUUUUGGAUUUUAUUUUUAUAAAGGGCAUUUUUUGUCCAUUUCUGCUAUACUUGAAAUGUUCUUUUUGGAGGGGAAAAAAAGACCUCUUAAUAUGUAGCUUAUGCAAAAAAAAAAAAAAAAAAGUUGUAAUUCUUUUUUAAAAUGCUGUAAAUGAAUAUGUGUGUUUUGUUUUUUAAUUGCUCAGGUCCAUUUAAUAAAUGACCUCAGCUCUGGUAUGUGCACUGCACCUGUCUGUACAGUUUGUGAAUUACCAACUCCCAUGCAGAAUGUUUAGCUUUAUGUAUAUGCAUACCUAGAAAUAUUGUUGAUCCAAUAUAAAAUAAAUAAAAUAUAAUAAAAAGCAA